AUCAAGUGGAGACAUUUGCAAAGGAAAUGGGUUUCUAUCUGCUAAAUUCUACUCCACAUUAUGCACAAGCUAAUGGGAAAGCUGAGGCUUCUAACAAGAUGGUGAUUAAUUUGCUUGAAAACAUGGUGGAUGACAACUCCAGACGCUGGCAUGAACUGUUUCACGAUGUAGUCUUGCCAAUGGAGUUAAUAGCUAGGUCUUUAAGAAUAGCAAUUCAGCAUAUUCUCCAGUCUAGGGAAUACGAUGAGGCCAUGAUGCUUGAGCUUGAGGACCUUGAAGACACACGUUUAACAGCUUUGGAUAGAUUGCAAGUUCAAAAGUUCAAAAUUGCAAAGUCUUACAACAAGAGAGUGAAAGGUAAAAAUUUGGCAGUUGGUGACUUGGUUUGGAAAGCAAUUUUACCUCUUGGCAAGAAAGAUCCUAGAUUUGGGAAGUGGUCCCCAAAUUGGGAAAGACCAUUUCGAAUUCAUGAGGUGUUGAGAGGGGGUGCUUAUUGGUUAGAGUCACUUGAUGGAGAGCUUUAUCCCAAAAAAAUCAAUGGAAUUUAUCUCAAGCCUUAUUACCCCACAGUUUGGGAAGCAAGAGGAAUAGAGUUCCAAGAAGCUGUCUGAGCCAGGUUCACACUUCUUUUUGUGCAUAAUUAAAUUGAGUUUCUUUCA